GGAAAGGCCAAAGUGUAGGUACGCUAAAUUCAGGUAGUCUUAGCGGGUUCUUAGCUAAUUGUAGCUGAACCUUGGUUCUAAUGGUUCCAAUGGCUCCAACGUUGGAGUCCACUGGAUCACCGCCGGUCUUCUUUCUCUCUUCUCUAAUAUUGUAAUAAGACUUUCUCUUUCUUCCCCUGUCAAUGAUCUUUUUCUUCUGCCUCUUCUCCCCCAACCCAACCUCCCAUUCCUAUCCUUUCCUAGGUUAGCUAUAAUACGAGUAACAUAACCGGAGAACACAGGAUUGUUCCCAUUCAUUCGUUUAUACAAACGGGUAGAUUCCGAAUCCACCGAGAGGAACAUAUCGAUCGGUUUUCAUACACACUCCGUUCUCUACUUCACAAGACUCACGCUUUAUACCUACAUAAUAAAAGACGUUGGGACCAAGCCGUGUCACUGGCUCUCCUAUAAUUUGGACCAAGUCAUAAUAGUAUCUGGACGCUACGCCCCAUACUCAAUUACUCGAAAGUAAAGAGGUUGGAACAACGCAAGUCACGAUGCCGAGCCUUAUCGAAAAAAUCCAAGCCAAGAUCGAGAUCUUCCGACUCGAACAGCGGUACACGCGCAACCGCCACCGGCGCUCCGCUUUCAUCAGCAAUGCUAUCUAUGUUGAUGGCGAAUACAUCUACCAGACACCCAAUACUACCGGCUCUUCCACCAACAGCAGCAACUCCGCUUCUUCGAGCGCCGCCUCAUCACCUAUAGAAGAGAACAGGCGUCACAGUGUUGUUAUCGAGCCAGAGACUCGAACACCUACACAGAAGAAGCGAUUAAGCAGAUUCUCAUCCAUGCCCGGUUUCGGAUCUUCAGCGAAAAACAACACCGGCCGAGAUUGGAGACCAAACGAAGUUGACGUAAGCGAAGUGCGGUGAUCGGCAUAUAUUGCCCUCGAAUCGUCAAUCGUCCCAACAAAAGGGGAAAUAAGAGAAAUUAAGAGAAGACAAUGCUAGGCUGGUGUAUAUGGUGUAUUGGGUCUUUGCUGAAGAAUUGCUUCUAUUUGGAUAUACCAAUGAGAGAUUGUGGCUCUAUCCACGACAUACCCUCGCGGGUUCUCACGACAGUCGUUCUUGGCGCAUUUUCUUGCUGUGUAUCAUCAAGCACGGGGUAUCAUUAGAACCUCAAUUGUGCUGGAGCAUUUCGGUAAAAGGGGUGGCGCUCUGAUACGAAUUUUUCAAAUGUAUAUAUUAUCGUUUUGACGACCAGGGACAAAUGAAACGUUAUUCACAAAGCACACGACACUCGUUUUCGUUCUUGGAAGAUUCUAAUAUUGCUUUUAAUUUUACUACACCGUAUUCCUGGUGGUUUAGCUAAGUCGGUGUCUCAAUUGUCAUUCCAUAGGUAGUCUUCAGCGUAGUCUAAGACAAUAAGUUAAACAAUGACGUUCGAAGUCAUCAAAAUGUAUCUACUAGAAGAGAUCUCAUUGCAACGGUACAAGUCCAAGC